GAAGGGACUUGGAGGAGCAGCCAUGGGGAAGCAAAACAGCAAGUUGAAGCCGGAGGUGCUGGAGGACCUCAAACAGAAUACUGAAUUCACAGAUGCGGAGAUCCAGGAGUGGUACAAAGGAUUUUUAAAGGAUUGCCCCAGCGGGCACCUCAGCGUGGAGGAGUUCAAGAAGAUAUACGGGAAUUUCUUCCCUUACGGCGACGCGUCGAAGUUCGCGGAACACGUAUUCAGGACGUUCGACGCGAACGGCGACGGCACGAUCGAUUUUCGGGAAUUUCUCUGCGCUCUCAGCGUAACGUCCCGCGGCAAGUUGGAGCAGAAGUUAAAGUGGGCCUUCAGCAUGUACGACCUGGAUGGCAACGGUUACAUCUCGCGGCAAGAAAUGCUGGAAAUCGUGACGGCGAUCUACAAGAUGGUGGGCUCCGUGAUGAAAAUGCCGGAAGACGAGUCGACGCCGGAGAAACGAACUGAUAAGAUAUUUCGACAGAUGGAUAAGAACAAGGACGGCAAGCUAUCGCUUGACGAGUUUAUUGAGGGUGCGAAGAGCGACCCGUCUAUCGUGCGACUGUUGCAGUGCGAUCCUAGUGCACAAGCUCAGUGAGGCCCUGGGCCAGUACAGACAAAUAUCAAUAUGCCAUCUGCAUACUCGAAUCGGUGCCCGGCCCAAUUAGUAUCCCAAGCAGAAGCGACGCGAUCGUAGAAAGUUGUCCGAGCCUGGUUGGGUCUGUCGAGGAAGCUACCGAAACAUUAUCUUCGCACAUUCGGUCGUUUUAAUAUAAUUAUAUCUAUUAGAAACUUGUAACCGUAGGAUGCGAAUAGGAACGAUUUAUUUAUCAAAGUCUCGAAAUAAGUUACGGAAAUAAUUUCGUCCCGCUAGCAUUCUUCAUUUGAGGACUAGAAAUAUGAUGAAUGACCAGUUGUAUAUGUUUUGAUUAUGCGGGUUUUUUUAUAAUAGAUUAUACUUGGCUCAGAAAGCAAUAGGAAUUUGAAUAUCAAUAGAGAGAGAAAAAUAGAAAGUUAUUUUAUGAUUAACGGCGGAACAUGAUUAACGAUAGCUCUUAGUUUUUAACAAUUUACUGUCAAAACUAGAAACUGUGUUGCCCGUUGUCCGAAGAUAUCAUCUUGGCGGUUUCUCGCAAAUACUUCUACGUUCGCGUGGGCUUAUGCGCGAACACGUGUAAGGGCUUCUAUAAAUUGGGCCGGUACCCGAGAGGUCCCAGGGUCACUGGGCCCAUGGCGCUUGCGCAUACCGCAAGCUAGUCGACAAGACUAGUCCAGUCGCUCCGUUUCAUUGACGGAUCGGUUUAGCGAGAAGCUUGUUACGCCUUUUCGGGUCGUAUUAAGAAACGUCAAGCGCGCGCGCGCGCGCGCCGCGUCCAUGCGAGGAAGAGAGGACGUUGCGUCGAUGCCGCUGACGCAUCUCGGCAGACUGUGUGGCUCGGUCGAGACCCGACCGUUCGAGGUGACGCGAGACGAUUAGCGAAAUUCUAAAAUACUCUCUCUGUGUUCGUAAUACCCGUGUGAUUUUUUUGAUGGUACGCGCGUACAGGGCGAAACGAGAGCUUCGACGAGCGACGACGUUCCGUCACCCUCUCUCUAUCUCUCCCUAUCUUUAUCUUACUUUUUCAGACAGCGAGAGCGUGCGGAUCGAAACGUCGCGCGUCACAGCGGAUCUUUGUGUACAUAGCAGAUCGUAUCGCGGCAUCGACGCAUCCUCGGACUACCGAUCUCAGCGUACGAGAGGCUCGUAACGGUCUCGCUCUUCGGCCGUGGCCGUCGUCGUCCUUGCGCGUCGCCCCGUCCCCCGCUCGUUGGUAUCCGAUACCCCCCGGUUCAGAGAAGAUGCCCACGUCCCUUCAGGGGGACACACACACGGUAUCGCAUCUCCCGCCCCUCACGGACCCCGAGUGUCUCGCCUCUCGGCCCACCCAUCAAACGGACUGACCAUUCAACGGAAAAGACUCACAGGAGACUAACGGUCGCGUGGCGUACCUCACGCCGCGCGCUAGCAACGAAAAAAAACUUAGUGAUUUAGAGAUCCGCGAGAUUUUAGGCAAAGGUCACUGCGAAAUCGCGAUCGCGCGCCGGCGAAAACGGCGGCUUUGUUAGUUUAAACGCGCUUAGAGACCGAUCUAGAGCUUGAUAUAGUAGAGAAGGGAAGAAACGGCCGCGUGAUGCGACGAUCGUUGUCACAUCAUACGGAUUGGCGUUGCUCUCCCUCUCGUCGAAGGUGCUGCGAGGAAAAUGUUCGAUCCGCUUCGAUUCGUGCGGAUGUAGAAAAGGAGCGACUAGUCUUUCGUCCUCUCCGUCGCGACGCUUCGAUUUACCAUGCGACGCUAUCUCGGCGACGGAGAGCCGUUAUUCCAUCGAAUCGCGGAAAGUUUGUCCUUCACAUUGCUGUUAUUUCAUCUCGCCGUCAUUUUAUCAUUUCUGGUGACCUUUGUCGUUACGGAGGUACAGUAAGGACGGACGUAAUCGGAGCAUAUAGCGUUAACAGAUUUGCCUCUUUCCAAUCUCGCUGAGGGAAGUAAAAAAGCACAUCCUUGCCGAUCAGAGCGACUGGCCCUCGGUUUCAGCGAAAGGCUUCGCACCUCGCCGAGCGAUUGACGGAUGAAGAUGAGGAAAAACUUCACGCGCGCGCACGCCGUGCCGUAUUUAGAGAUUUAUUUUUAUGAAUGCGUGCGUCCCGCGUACUUGUGAGAAAGCGAGAAAGUCUGCGUAUAUGUGUCUGUUCUGUGUGUACGCGCGUGUCCGGUAAAUUGAGAAACGAAUGCUACGGAGAAGAAGAAGAAAGGAAGAAAGAGAAGAAGAGAAAGAGACGGCUCGUGUGACGCGAGCCUUAUCACCCUGUCGUCCGAUUACGUAUCAAUCGACCGAUUGAUCGCGAUAAUUAUACAUACAUAGAUAUAUUAUACAUACAAUUAUGUAUUAUUGAUUAUAAAAUAGGAGAGGGAUCACGAGUGCGACCGCCGCGAUCGCGAUCUCCGCCCGCGCGAAUAUACACGCAGCAGCAGAGUUCUGACGUUUCACGGCUUUAUGGCGAGAGCCCUUUAUUUCGCCCAAGCUACUGCACGAUCGGGAGAGGUAAUCAAUUACCGAGUAAACACGAGCGUGAGCACUCUACGCUUCUAUAUAUAUUUUUUCCGGCGUACGAUGAGAGUGACUUCCGGCGGCUUCUAGCGCAGCCGUUUGUCGAGAGGAUCUUUACCGGGUUUACCUUCAAUUCGCCUUUCUUUCUUUCCGUGAAGCUUUCUCUCAUCGUGUCUCCUUCCUUUCUUCCUUUCCUUUUCACUUGUCUCUUGUCGAGAGCGAUCACUUUUCGACCUGUGCUUUGAUCGGUAUCUUCGGGGAAAAAAACACUUUUGUUGCGCUGCGCGCUCCCAACGAGGCACCCGGUCUGGCGAUGCAAUGAUUAAUGUUCAGAGUACGGCGGCGUAAUGAGAGAAUUCUGAAACUAUAUUACGUUUGGUCGUUACGCAAAGCAGCAUUGCGUUUUGCAAAAGCGCGUUAUACAGAUGCAGAUAUAUAAAUAUAAAUAUAUAUAUAUAUAUACAUUACAUAGAUAUAAUACAAGUCUCUAUUAUAAUAUAUCUUUAUUGUACUUUCUAAGAUGUACAUCUAUUCACCUCGUGCUCAUUAAUAUUUAAGGAUAAAGACUAUUUAAUGAUAUCUCUCUAAUCUCUCGGUAUAGUCAUUGUAUAAACAAAUAAAUAACCUCAUUAAUGUUAAUGCAUAUGAAUAUAUUAUACACGUUAAGAUUCUAAAGCUAUUCUUGAACUUUUCCGAUUACACUAACAAUAAGCGGAACAGAUUUUAUUCUGCGACACGAUAUCAAAGACGGCAGUGAAGCUUCGAAUUUUACAGACAGUAAGAGCUAGUUGCGUUCGUUGAAAACGAAAUUCAUGUUACAGCAUAUAGCAUAGGACUGCCAGUACGUCCCGUUAAAACUUGACGGCAGUCAUUCACUUAAAUUGUACCUUAAAACGAAUCAAGAAAGCAAUAAACACGGAAAAAUAUCGCGACUAAAUCUCACACGACUCGGAAGGGAAGGUCGUAAAAGUGAUAUGGGUUUUUUCAAAUUUGGCCGAAAUCCACUUUAUGGCCCUUUCUCGUAGCGACGAGCGUAAAAUGUAUAAUACCAGAGUUGUGCCGAUUUGUCAGAACACGAGCGGUAUCGAGGCGAUCGCGAUUAGUAACGCGUGUGGUCGUCCAAACAAAGUAACCCAGGCAGCGUCUAAAGACGUCUUAAUGACGUUUUAUUGACGUUAGAGACGUUAUUAAGACUUCUUAAUACGUCAUUUGACGUCACUCUGCUACCUGGGAGGAUAUUAACGAUUUCCUCCUCUGAAAAUUAUUUAUUCAAGUAAUGACGAUUUCGUUAUUUUUUUGCUGGCUUAAAAAUCUCGUCCUUGUGACAAUUUGGCACGCGUCUGUUUUACUGAAAUUUUAUCCGAUAUAUUAAAAUUUCCUUUUUUUUGUAUUUAAAAUUAUCAUCAUCAGAGAAACAUACAAGUUGCACGUUUUUUAUUGUUCUGAUUUAAUUUAGUUAACUUCUUGAUAAAAAUGUAAAUGUGAAAAGCCGUGAUUAUUCUUCUUAAGCGUAACUAAUAUUAUAAUACUUUUGCGUCCUUACAAUACUCUUACACGAUGUAACGUCGAUAAGAAUAUUUACAUAUGUGCAUGGGAUUGCAGUGUUUACUGCUAGUAAAAAAAUCAAAAGUGCGAACACAUUUUCUCAUUCUAGAGUUUAAAUAUAUUAUAAAUCAUCGUUAAUACGUCUAGCUUUGUAUAACACGAUUUCACUACUCGCUGUAAAAUAAUAAAUCGCGCGAAUUACAUUCGCAAAAUUCACUUGUCAUUUCGAUAUUAUAGCGUAAACUAUUCCGAUCGACGUUGCAUUGUCUGAGGAGAUGUAGAAUAAGUAUUUAUCGACGAACCACGUGGGUGUAGAUAGCGCAAGAUACGAAAGAGGCAACUAAUCUGUCUUCUUUUAUCGCAAAAUCGACUUGCAAAUAAUUUGAUAAAAUUCGCUACUUUAAUUUCAACCAAUGAGUGUUUAAUGAUGCCCACAUAAUGCAUUAUAAAAAGUAAAUCGAGAUGAAAUUCGCACGUUUGCUCGUUUCUCUGCCGCCAAUCCAAAUCUUUACAUUCACAAAUUUUAUAUAUACAUACUUCCGCCUAUACAUUCGAACGACGCGAAAAUCCAAAAGACAUCUAAAGACAUCUGAAAGCGCUUGAGAGAUUCUUGAAAAAGAAAGGAGGAUAUAUCUCAAUGAUAUUUAUUUAUUACAGUUAAUAGAUGGAUUUGUCAAUUAA